AUGGAACGGUCCGGAACAUCAGCUGUAGGAGGCAGACGAGAAGAGAACCAGCGGCAAACGGAGGAAGAUGGCCUCAGGGAAGGUUCAGUGCACACAUCCGAUACAUACACCGUUGUCGAGGAGGAGAUUCCUUGCGAGGAGAUCGAAGAGAAUAUCGGAGAAGAAAACAUGACGUUGGACCAGCUAAGGGAGACGCUCCAUCGUGAACGAGAACGGGACCGAGACUUGGCGGAACAACAGGUGCAGUUGGAAAGGCAUAAUGCUAGGUUGAGGCAAAAAAAACGGCAACUUAACGAAAACGUGGAGAUGAAUGCCAUAGAUUCGGAAGGAAACACUGUAUCUUCGGAGGAAGAUGAACUGCGGCAUGACCACGAGGAAGAUGAAGGAGGGAGAAGAAGAAGACGACGAAUGAAUGAAGACGAAGAAAGAGACUUGAGAAGAGCACUGGAGAUCUCACAAUGGGAAGAUCAGAGGCGGAGACAUGAGGAGGAACAGAGGCAGGAGGACGAACUGCAAUGUCGAUCGAACCUUAUCAGAGACGAGGAGGAAAGGCGACGACCAGGCGAAGGGAGGCUUAGCGUGAUGAGAGGCCGUCACCAUGAGGAGGAUGGAGGAAACUUGAACCAAGAAGUCCUGAACGAGUUGAGAGACAUGAGGGCUUUAUUAAUAACUCACAAAGAGGUGGAAGAAUACAGUUAUCAGAAGCAAUAUAGGAAGCAAAUAAAUCGCCAUUCACCUAUGAGAUCAUGCAUACGGACAUCCCGGAGAAAUGCGUAUUACCAACGCUUGCAAGCAUAUUCAGUGGAUCGGAAAGUGCAGUGCAAAAAUUGA